ACUUGGAACAUAGCUGAAAUGGAGAGGGUUACUCUGAGGUGAGACGGCGUAAAGAACAGCUGUCUCUGCAGAGCUGUGAAGGACAGUCAGGGUGAUGCUGUGGAAAAAUGAACAGUAUAAUAACCACACAACCCAGUUUUUGGGUCACGGGGAACCUGGAGCCUAUCCCAGGGAGCAUCGGGCACGAGGCGGGGUACACAGGGUGCCAGUCCAUACAAUAGUCUUUUCUAAAUAUUAUUAAAUCUGCUCCCAGUUUGGGGUCACCAGAACAGAUCACUUGUCUGCAUAUUGGUUCUGGCACAACCCUCCCUAUUUUCUGGGCUUGAGACCGGCACUGAGAGGGCACUGGAUCGUGCAGCCGUCCAGUGGAUGGGGUUAGAUCCCUGACCAAAUCGAACCUGGGCCGUGGCGGCUAUCUCCACUGUGCCACCUUAACUGCAGCUUGAGCAGGCUGUUCGUGUUUGUGUUGAAGCCAACAGGCACAAUAUAUUACAGUCUAGGACUCGCUGCUGAAAAGCCUGCUGGAUCUUCCAGUGACCUGCUGUUCUUUCCUGCUUUCCUGUGUUUUUUCUCUCUUCCCCCCUCUAGAAUUAGAUUAAAAACAAAGCUCUGUCUCCCAUCCUUGUUUUUUUUUUUUUUUUGUGACUCUCUCCCCCUUCCUUUUACACUCUCAGUCUGGCUUGGGGAAAAAAAAAUCUCCCUUUAGUUUGUCUCUCUGUGUUACAGGAGGAAGUCGCUUGGCUUGAUUCGGAUGGAGGUGUGUGUUUGUUUUUGGACCUUGUUGGUGUGCUUUGAGGAAGGACAGACAAGGGACAGUUGGAUGUGACUGCGGCUUCAUCCGAGCAGUCAGACUCAUCAGAGCAGGAGACAGGAGGACAGCUGACAGUGUGACUUUGACUCCUGUGAGGAGGAAAGGUGGAGGAAAAAGUCAGCAGUGGGAGUUUCAGGAAUUCAUUUCGCAUCAGCUCUUGUUGGAUGCACUUGAGUUUGCCCAGACUCAGAGGCUGAAGCCAGGUUCCCAACUCUGGAUCCUGGGCUCCGUCCCUGCUAAAACCUCUACCUCACCUUUACAGGAGUGCAAAGAGCUCAGGGAGCCCCACUACCCAUCAGACCCCUAACAAGCGUCUCUGCACUGACCAUGUACCCACAGGGUAGACAUCCGGUCCCACUGCAGCCUGGCCAGUCCUUCAAGUUCACUGUGCUGGAGACACUGGACCGCAUUAAAGAGGAGUUCCAGUUUCUCCAGGCCCAGUACCACAGUCUGAAGCUGGAGUGUGAGAAGCUGGCCAGUGAGAAGACCGAGAUGCAGAGACACUAUAUCAUGUACUAUGAGAUGUCCUACGGACUUAACAUAGAGAUGCACAAACAGGCAGAGAUUGUAAAGCGGCUCAGCGCUAUCUGUGCUCAGAUCAUCCCUUUCCUCUCACAGGAGCACCAGCAGCAGGUGGUGCAGGCUGUGGAGCGGGCUAAGCAGGUGACCAUGGCAGAACUCAACGCCAUCAUUGGGCAGCAGCAGCUCCAGCACCUGUCUCACCACACCCCGGGCAUCCCACUAACCCCUCACCCAUCAGGUCUGGCACUGGGGGGCGCCUCGGGCCUGUUGGCUCUCACCGGGGCGCUCGGCGUCUCCGCUCACCUGAGCAACAAGGACGAACGCAACCACCUGGAUGCCGAGCACCUUCGAGAGGGUGCACCCAGCAGGAGUAAGUCUGUGUCAUCAACAGACAGUCAAGCGAUAGAGGAGCGUCAGGGCCCCUCGGGAGUCUUCCCCUCUCACACCAGCAGUGACGCCAAGAGGAGGCGCUGUGACGAUAAAGAUGGCCCAUCACAUUAUGACAGUGAUGGGGACAAGAGUGAAGACAACCUAGUGGUAGAUGUCUCUAAUGAGGACCCUUCCUCUCCCGUGGGCAGCACCCCCCACUCUCCUCAUGGAAAUGGCUUAGACAGAGCACCUACGCUGAGGAAGGAGCUCCCCAGGUCCCCAAGCCUCCCUCCUGCCCCCUCACCUCCAGAUCACAGCCCCGCUCCAGGCAAAAGCAAGGACCCGGCACAGUCAGAGAAAUGUCAGUCACCAUCUUCUAAGUCAGGCAGUAGUUCCCCCUCGCACCGUGAGGCCCUCACUCCCGGACCCAGCACUUCUUGUCUUCGACUAGUCACUAAGCCUGCAUCCUCAGCAGACCCUAUGGCAGCUUUGCGCAGUCCUCUGUCCAUGACAUCAGCUUCUUACCCAGCUCAUUUUGGUGUCGUGUCUCAUGCCGGACUGAAUGGAGAGCUGGCCAGUCCAGGCAGCUUUGGUGGCUCAAUCACUCUCUCACCCCAGAUCAGUACUGCAGCUAGUGCCUACACACGCAGCCCCAUGGUGGCGUAUGAAUCACGCUCUCACCUCAGGCCCUCAGGGCUGUCCUCCUCUCUGCCCGGCUCCAGUGGGGGCAAGCCUGCGUACUCAUUCCAUGUGAGUGCAGAUGGACAGAUGCAGCCUGUGCCCUUCCCUCCGGACGCUCUUCUGGGCCCGGGCAUCCCGCGCCACGCCCGGCAGAUCCACACACUCAGCCAUGGAGAGGUGGUGUGUGCCGUCACCAUCAGCACCUCCACACGCCACGUCUACACUGGCGGCAAAGGCUGUGUCAAAGUGUGGGACAUCAGCCAGCCGGGCAGCAAGAGCCCCAUGGCCCAACUCGACUGUCUGAACAGGGACAACUACAUCCGCUCAUGCAAGCUCCUCCCAGAUGGGAGGACUUUGAUAGUUGGAGGUGAAGCCAGCACUCUGUCCAUCUGGGACUUGGCCACGCCCACUCCACGCAUCAAGGCGGAGUUGACGUCCUCGGCUCCGGCGUGCUACGCGCUGGCCAUCAGUCCAGACAACAAGGUCUGUUUCUCCUGCUGCAGCGACGGCAACAUCGUCGUGUGGGACCUUCACAACCAGACGCUCGUCAGGCAGUUCCAGGGCCACACUGAUGGAGCCAGCUGCAUCGACAUCUCCAACGACGGGACCAAACUGUGGACUGGGGGACUCGACAAUACGGUGCGCUGCUGGGACCUGAGAGAGGGCCGCCAGCUCCAGCAGCAUGACUUCACCUCCCAGAUCUUCUCCCUGGGUUACUGUCCUACAGGAGAGUGGCUGGCAGUGGGCAUGGAGAGCAGUAAUGUGGAAGUACUGCACGUCUCCAAACCAGACAAGUACCAGCUGCACCUUCACGAGAGCUGUGUGCUGUCACUCAAGUUCGCCUACUGCGGUAAAUGGUUUGUGAGCACAGGAAAAGACAAUCUGUUAAACGCAUGGAGAACGCCUUAUGGAGCCAGCAUCUUCCAGUCCAAGGAGUCCUCAUCCGUCCUGAGCUGCGAUGUCUCCCCAGACGAUAAAUAUAUAGUCACUGGCUCUGGAGAUAAGAAAGCUACCGUGUACGAGGUGGUCUACUGAGCACACAAGAGAGGAGCGAGAAAUGGAUAGAUGGAAGGAUGGAUGGAUGAAUCGAUGGAUAAAUGGAAGAAAGAACGAGUUGAAAGAAGAGCACUUAGCAGGAGCUCGUUCAUGGCAGCUGUGGUGGGCAACCAUGGGUGCUCUUUCCAAACAGCAUUCCCCUGCUUCGUCUCUCAAGCACCAUUAAACCCCCUCCCCAUCCCCGUUCCAUCCCCCCUCUAUGUAGGAAAGAGAGAGAAGAAAGAGAGGGACAAACAGAAAGAAUAAGCGGAGGGAGUAUAAUUAGCACAAUGUCUAGAUGAAAGGCCUAGCAGCGAGGAGAAAGCUCGCAGGAGACAAGGUAAGCACUUAGGAAGCUGCAGCUCACACAAACCCAGAUAGCAGACUAUCAAUACAUUACUGUAAAAAAACACACACACACACACACACACACUGUAGUGAGACCAAAUGCAACAGAGCUCGUUACACAACACCUCAGAGAGCAGAAUAACCAGACUGUAGCUCUGGCUCUGGCUUGAGAUACCUGCUUCAGUAUGUCUGCACCACUCCAAUUAAACAUGCAUAUGGCAAUUCCCAACUGAAUUCUGCAUCACAUGUUUCCGUCUCCCGUGAGAGACUCCCUAGAGACUCUAAUGAGGAGCAGCUGGACCUCUCAGUGGGUUUCAUGUUGAAAACAUUAAACAACAGCAUUUCCAUUUUUUUUUUUAUUCCAGAGAAUGGUUGUAUAUGCAGAACACAUAAGCAUGCAUGAGUUGAGCAGAGAGAUUGAUUAUGUGUUCUGGAAAUCUCCUGAAUGAGAACUACAUCUCUGUCUUUUUGUUCUCGCUACACUGCAGGAUCAGUGACCGUUUUACGUUAAGUAACAGAAGUGACGCAAACCGUGGUUCUGACAUUUCAGAAGCCGGCAAACAUGUAGGACAUGCCACUAAAAGCGUGCCGAAAACUGUACGAUCAGAUGCACUGUGGAAACGUUCCUUCACGUAAGAGCAACAGCUUAAUAGUUAAAUGCAGAUUUUUUUUUUAAAUAAUGCCAAGCAAGAUGUUUAAUUAUUCUGUGAAGUGUGACCAAUCAGCAAUGCUGAAUAUCACUACUAGGGAUGUAACAGUUGGACAGUUUGGGCAGAUCGAUAAUUGAUUUAAAAGCCAAUGAUUGCAAUGAAUCGAGGCAACAAACAUAAAUCAAUUAUUAUAGAUUAGAAUUGAUUACAGGACAGACAACCGAUGUGUAGAAAUAUAAUUUAUCUUCUCUACAUCGAUGUGUUAAUGUGCUAGCAAGGUGAUUUGGGUGUAAGUCUGAUACUUAAAAUAGUCCAUCUGUACGUGAUCAUCUGCGAAUUAAUCGUAGACCGAACCCUUAUUCUGAACAAAUUGGUCACAUAUCAUUCAGAGUUUAUUAAACUGAAUUGUAUCUUUAUUGUAUCAUAGCAGAUUCAGUGGUUGCCUUCAGAAUCAAAAUCAUAUAUCAUUUGGAAAACUGAUGUUUACACCUCUAAUUACUUUGCAGAAAAGUACUGGCUCCGAAGCAGGAACUAAAAACAGUUCCUGGAUAUUUAGCCUAGAAUCUAAAAUUGUCCCUGACUCCUCAUGGUGUCAAUGCAUCUAAAGUUCACGAGGUCCUGAAAAAGUCCUUGUGCUUCCAAAUGUUUGUUUGUUUGUUUUUUCCAGUGGAAAGAUACUGGUUCACAUUUUAUUAUUCAGUUCUGUUUUUUUGGUGGUGCAGUGGGUAGUAUUUCCACCUCACAUCUCCAGGGUCCUGGGUUUGAUCCUGAGCUCUGGUAGCUGUCUGGACUGAGUUUCACAUGUUCCCCCAAUAUCUGUGUGGGUUUCCUCCCAGAAACAUGCCGGUAAGUGUACUGGUUAUGUUAAAGGUGUGAAUAUGUGAUGGACUGAAUAUUCUCACCUCACGUCCAACGUUCACGGGAUAUCUGGAUCCACAACAGCUAAUGAAGCUGAGUGAAUGAUGAGACCAAUGUGUCUGGCUUGAUGGUUCACAUUCAUGUUGGUAUGUUUGUGAUCUGUCACUAGUGUGAACAAACGCCUGUCCUGAAACGAGCACGUUUCAGUAAAUCACAUUCACAUCAACAGUGGCAAAGAAAAAGAACACAAUCCAUCACUUCAGUAGCUCUGAAAUGGACAAUCUAGCAGCAGUCUUAAUUAGAUAGAUGAUUUGCUCUAAAGGUCAGGCUCAGCUGAUCAGGUGCAAGAAGGCAAAAAAGGGCAGUUUUGUAGAUUUUACUGGCACUGAGAGAGACAGCAGUGAUAUAUGCUGUAAUAUAAAAAUGACAUGAGUUCUGAUCUGACUGGUAUCAUUACCUAUGCAGACCUUGUAUCAGAUGUGUAUUAAAUCUAGGACAUUUGAAAGUCACUGGCAUCAGAAAUACAAAAAGCCCAAAAGUCACUUAGGACAUUUUAAACAAUAUGCUCUCAUAACAAUAAUCGUCCCCGCAGCCAAAUUUAGAUUCUUUUUAUUCCUAAGAGGCCCUAUGAUAUAUACACCCCUGCUGUAUCCCUUUAUAUUAAAGAGCUGUGGUUGCCCACCCAACCUGUGAUGUCUGAAAGCAAUCCUCACCCUGCUGGGGGAAAAGAUUUUGUGCUUUUAAUUCGCUAACCAUGUUUCUGGGGUUUGUUUUUUCACGUUUAUCUGAUCUGUGAAUCAGAAGGCCUGUCUCGGAAUCUGAACUAAUCUUUUGCUUGUUACUUUUCCAAACACAAAAAGAAGCGUAAGAUUUUUUGUUUGUUUGUUUUUUGUAAUGAAAAUAAGUAAUAGUGCUCCAACAGUGUUUUGUUCCGUUUAUUGUUAUGCAUAUAGUGUAUUUCCUCCUUUCUAUAAAUGGCUGAGAUGACGGCUGCCCAGAGAUGUUGGGAUUUUAGUCUUGCGCAAUUCAGACCAUCUCCACUGCCUUAUCAUCACAUCUUACCUGUAAUGGGAAUUACAUCACAUCUGAUCAUGCUAUGGGAAUAUCUGUAUCUAAUGCUGCCUACGGCUUUGUUUCUAUACUGAAAACAGUGUACAGUGUCCAGCAAUCUCGCUCUGAAGCCAAGGACUUUUUUUCCACAAAGGCACAGCUGUGAUAUCACCCUCUGUAGCACUUCAUAUGAGAUGUACCAGACAUGCAUAUAAAGACAAUUAAACUUGUGGUCAUCUUUUGAUCUUCUUGUCUUCUUGGUCCUGUUUAAUAAAUCUGUUACUAUAUUUUGGCAUUUGGCUAUGAAAAAGAGAAACUUUUUAUAAUCUUGGUAUAUGGUUGUAGCAGUUUCCGAUAAUGAUCACUAAGCAGGGACACGUCGUGAAAAUUAAACACACAAAAUAUCCAUCUCUAUAUAUAGUAUUGAACGUGUCAACAUUUUCUUCAGUAAAUAUAUUUCCGAUGAGGUUAUUCACAUGAAAUUUUCACCAGACAUCAGUAUUAACUCAAGAAAUCUAGAAAUAUAAAGAAUUCACAACAUUAAAGUCCAUAAAUAAAGUUAUGUGUAAUAAAGUAACGACACAGGAAAAAAGUAUUGAACACGCUAAGAAAAAGCAGUUCUUAUUAAAAAAAAAGUAAGUAAUUAUACCCCCUAUAUGUGCAAAUUAAUACCAGCUGAGUUAGUAAAUUGAUGGUCUAUAAAAAGGCUUUUGUUACCAAGGUGUCACACAAGAAACAUCUCAUGAUGAGUAAAAGCAAAGAGCUCUCCCAAGACCUUCGCAACCUUAUUGAUGUGAAACAUAAUAUUGAUGGAAUCGGAUACAAAAAUAUUUCAAAACUUCUGAAUCCUCCAGUAAGCACCGUUGGGGCCAUUAUCUGCAAGUGGAAGCAACAUCAGUCCGUCAUCAACCGGCCACGCACAGGA